UAGAAAUGUCAUCGUGUUGUUUUGUCAUUUUAAAAAGAAAAAGUCAAAUCUUGUAAUUUAUUUAUUUCAUCUUUAGUAGCGUCUUUUUGACCUAAUUACGACAAACUUAACUGAACACGUAUUAGAUUACUUACGGAUCGUAUAUUUUGUUAAAAUGACUGCGUUAGCGUUUAAAGUUAAAAGUAAAAAUGGUCAACAAAUACUUAAAGAUUUGACCUCUGAUAGUACCGUGGGCGAAUUGAAGAUGUUUUUGUCGAGUAUAUCCGACGUUAGUGCCGAGAGAGUUAGUGUGUUGUGUGGGUAUCCACCGAAGCCAUUGGACAUAAGUAAUGACAGUAAGAAACUUAGUGACAUUGGUUUAAAAACUGGUGAGACCCUCAUAGUUGAGGAGAAGCCAGCGUCUGCGACCGGUCCUAGCAAGUCCCCUGAGGCUAAGCCAGUAGAGAACGGUAUUGCGUCACACGAAACUCUAGUACCAAUAAGACCAGGAAUCUUAAUGAAGAAGGUGGUCCCAUCUGAUAAUUCUUGUUUAUUUACUAGUAUAGGUUUUGUAUUAAAUGGAAAUGUAGACACCACAGUACAUACUCUGAUGCGUGAGAUUAUAGCAAUGGAGGUAGCUAGUGACGUAGACACAUACAAUGAGGCUGUACUCGGUAAACCAAACGCUGAAUACUGCUUGUGGAUCCAACAGCCAAGCUCAUGGGGUGGUGCUAUAGAGGUAGCAAUCCUAUCUCGUUUCUAUGGGCUUGAGAUGGCGGUUGUGGAUACAUUGAACGCAAUUAUAAAUAGGUUUGGAGAAGACAAGAAUUACGGCCAGAGAGUAUUCCUUCUGUUCGACGGCGUGCACUACGAUCCUCUGUAUUUGGAACAGGUCGAUGGUGGUAUCCAAACGAUAUUCCCAGCAGAAGACAUGGAGAUAUACAGAGAGGCUGAGCAGUUGGCACACGAGGCCAAGUCCUCGAGACAGUUCACCGACGUCAACAAGUUCACUCUCCGAUGUAACGUGUGCGACAAGCUCAUCACCGGCUACGUCGAAGCGCAGAAGCACGCCAAAGAAACCACACAUACGAAUUUUGGUGAAGUUUAGCGAACAUUCAAUAAGGUGUAGCGAAGAUUGUGUCUGCUUGGUGCAUGUUGAACAUAAUUAAAGCUUUUAUUACAUCGUGUUAUGUAUUUAAGUUCUUUCGUUGAGUUUUAUUGACUGAUCCGAGAAUUACAUAGCAUGUCUUCCCAUUUCACCGUCUUACAAUUCAAUAUUGCUGUUCAAAAUCAAACUUCCAUUUUUCUCUUCCUCAUAACACAAUAAACCUCAUUUUUACAUAGUAUCAAGUGCACUUAUACUAGAUGAAAAUAUUCCUAUUAUAAUAGAAAUUCCAAGCGGACACAGUCACAUGAAUUAGCUUAAUUUUGUUAGGAUUUUUAAUAGUUUUUUUCCAAUUCCCGAAGACCUUUAUCCUAAUUGACUUAUGGACUAGUAGUUCAAUUCGAUGCAAAUGUUAUUUAUAAUCUCAGAUAUUAAUUGUUAAAGCGAGAUUUAUUUAUAAAGAGAUGAGAUAAAGCACAUAUCUAUUAACAUGUAACAUCUAUUUUGUACGAAAUAGGCAUUAUUCGAGUGAGGUCUUGGGCGAAAGAAAACGAUUAUUUUUACAUGAUCACAAGGCCGUUCGAGUCUAUUGAGGUCGAGAACGGCAAAUCUUUUUAUAAAGAUGAUUAUUUAUUUUUAUGUUGUGUAUUUGUUAGACGCUCAAUGUUAUUUUCACCAAAGUAUAUUCCAGAUUUCAGCACAAAAACCUAUAUGUAGUCAAUUAUUAGUAUCAGCUAGACAGAUCUUAUCGUGGAGACAAGAAUUUUAUGAAGAAAAUGUGAAUUCAGACAGAUAAGUUUUCCUAUCUUAUUCACGAAGAUUAAAUUAAAAAUGUCACAUCAUCUGCUAAAAGGCUAUUUAUCGAACUUUUUCAUUAUUGUUCAUUGUCUUUGAAAAACGUGAUAAGACAGAGAUCGUGUACAAAUGCAAUGAAUUUGAUAUCGAUCGAGGCAGCGAUGCACGCGAACUAGAGAAUAAACUUGAAUGUUGUAUUUACUGAAGCUUAUCGUACUUUUUGGUAUAAUUCGCUUUACUACGAAGCUAUUUAUUAAUUCUACGUUUGAUUUGAAUGCCAAGAGAUAUGUAGAUGCUAUUUAAAAAUUGAGUUCUUUUAACAUGAAUUGCAGGUUUUAUCGUUCCAUUACAUAAGCUGAAAGUUUUAUCUCAAAUUGAAAAGACUCAGUUGCUAUUAUAGAUUGUAAGCAAUUCGGUUAGUGUCUCGAGUGAAAACUAUCAAUUAUUUGAAUGCAUUAUAAUAAUUGGCUGUUCUCUGAAUGUUGUGUAUGUGAAAUUUGUGUUUUUAAGCUCCCGCGUUUCAGGAGAAAUUUCUGAAGUGUUUUAACAUAAAUAUAUUUCAUUGUUAAUUCAAGUGUAUAUUUAUAAAGUUUAAGUACAUCAUCAAAAAUGUAUUGUAACUGUCAAAGAUUAAAAUUUUAGUCAGAACCAUGUCCACUUGCCGUCGUUUUUCCUCAGCCCACUAAGAUUUUAUGUAUUGGAAAAAGAAGCGUUAUUUUGUAAUAAGGCUCAUCGGCGACUUAAAAACGCAGAAGCGACAAGCUAUUUAUUUUUGUGACGUUGUUGGGUCGCCGGUGUAAGACAUGACUUGUAAAUUGUAAGAUAAGGCUCAAAAUGGCGUAAAUAAAAUUUGAUAAAUGAAAUACCUA